CAGAGGGCGCAACUGUAAUUUUUGCGUUAUGUUUUUUUACGGAUGAUUGUGAGGUACAAAGUGAGUGUAUAAAAUCUACGAAAUUGUAUUUUUAACAACUAAAUUCUUCAUUUUUGAUCGACAAGAUACACGAAAAAGAAAACCCAAUGAAUGAGCGCGGAAAUGGCUGAUGAACAAGAAAUCAGACAGAUUGAGCAUCUCUGCAAACAACUUUAUGAAACAUCUAACACAGAUAUUCGUUCUGGAGCUGAAAAGGCGCUGGUAGUAUUUCAAGAUAGCCCCGAAGCCCUAGCAAAAUGUCAGCUUUUGUUAGAAAGAGGAGAUUCAGCAUUUGCUCAAAUGUUAGCUGCUUCAACGUUGACAAAAUUAGUAUCAAGAAGUACAACUAUAACUGUCCAACAGAAAAUCGAUAUCAGGAACUAUGUGUUAAAUUAUUUGGCCAACAGGCCCAAAUUAGCUCCGUUUGUGGUGCAAGCCAUGGUCUCACUUUUUGCCAGAGUUACUAAAUUGGGAUGGUUUGAUUGUCCUAAGGAUGAUUUUGUGUUUAGGAAUGUCGUAGCGGAUGUUGGAAAAUUUCUACAAGGUUCUGCAGAGCAUUGUAUGAUUGGCGUUCAACUGUUGUCACAACUUACUGUAGAAAUGAAUCAAAUAUCUGAGGUAGAAGCAAAUAGAUCUUUAACAAAACAUAGAAAAAUUGCUUCUUCUUUUAGAGACUCACAAUUAUUCGACAUCUUUAGGCUUUCGUGUAAUUUAUUAUCAAAUGCAAGAGAAAAUACAAAGAGAUUAGAUUUUACCGAUGAACAUCAACAUGGUUUGAUGACCCAGUUGUUGAGAUUAGCCCAGAAUUGUUUAACCUUUGAUUUCAUUGGAACAUCAACAGAUGAAUCAACCGAUGAUCUUUGUACAGUUCAAAUUCCUACCAGUUGGCGACCUGCCUUUUUAGAUUUUACCACAUUAAAACUGUUUUUCGAUCUGUACCAUGCCUUACCGCCGACACUGGCUUGUCUAGCUUUGGCUUGCUUAGUUCAGAUUGCUUCUGUUAGAAGGUCUUUAUUUAGCAAUUCAGAAAGGGCCAAGUUUCUUACAAAUUUAGUUAAUGGUGUAAAGCAAAUUCUACAAAAUCCCGAAGGUUUAGGCGAUCCAAAUAACUACCAUGAAUUCUGUAGAUUAUUGGCUAGAUUGAAGAGCAAUUAUCAGCUUGGAGAGUUGGUUAUGGUGGAUAACUAUCCUGAGGCUAUUCAGUUAAUAGCUAAAUUCACAAUACAAAGCUUACAAAUGUGGCAGUUUGCACCCAACAGUGUCCACUACCUUCUCUCAUUGUGGCAAAGAAUGGUAGCUUCAGUUCCUUAUGUCAAAGCCACUGAGCCUCAUUUGUUAGAAAGAUAUACUCCAGAGGUUACAAGCGCCUAUAUAACGUCUCGUUUAGAGUCUGUUGUAUUGGUGGCUCAAGAUGGCCAAGAAGAUCCUUUGGACGAUUUGGGUUUAGUCCAACAACAGUUGGAGCAACUUUCUGUGAUUGCCAGGUGUGAAUAUGGGAAAACUUGCGCUCUUUUGGUGCAGCUAUUCGACAGAGCUGCUUCCACCUAUCAGGAGCUGCUCAACUCGCCUCCUCAACCUUUAGAAAUAACUAUACAAGAAGGACAACUCACUUGGUUAGUCUAUAUUAUCGGAUCAGCGAUAGGAGGUCGAGUUUCAUUUAACUCUAGCGAAGAACAUGACACAAUGGAUGGCGAGCUAGUCUGUCGGGUGUUACAGUUAAUGAAUUUGACUGACAACAGAUUGUCACAAGGUGGCUGUGAGCGGCUGGAGUUAGCGAUGCUUAGUUUCUUCGAACAGUUUAGAAAAAUAUAUGUCGGUGAUCAAGUACAAAAGAAUUCUAAAGUGUAUAGGAGGUUGUCAGAAGUAUUAGGUUUGAAUGAUGAGGCGACAGUGUUGAGUGUAUUUAUUAGGAAAAUUAUAACAAAUUUAAAAUAUUGGGGUAGAAGCGAGAACAUAAUUAAAAAAACCUUACAACUUCUAAAUGAUCUGUCUGUUGGAUACAGCUGUGUUAGAAAGCUUGUAAAGUUGGAUGAAGUACAAUUCAUGUUGAACAGUCAUACCAGCGAGCAUUUCCCUUUCUUAGGAAACACCGUUUCCGUAAACGAGAUGAAAUGCAGGUCAAUGUUCUAUACUUCACUCGGUAGAUUACUUAUGGUAGAUCUGGGCGAAGAUGAAGAUCGGUUUCACAACUUUAUGUUGCCUUUAACUGCUGCAUUCGAAAGUAUAGGUCAGUUAUUAGCAGCUUCUGAGUCGCCAAUGUUUGCGACCGAGGAAGCUAAAAAAGCUCUGAUUGGCUUAGCGAGAGAUCUUCGAGGUUUAGCUUAUUCUUUCAAUACCAAAACGUCGUAUAUGAUGCUGUUUGAUUGGAUCUAUCCCAAUUAUACCCCGAUUUUGCUAAGAGCAAUAGAACUAUGGUAUCACGAUCCGCAGGUAACUACCCCUGUUUUGAAAUUAUUUGCAGAACUAGUUCAAAACAGGUCGCAAAGGUUACAAUUCGAUGUUUCCUCUCCAAAUGGUAUUUUACUUUUCAGAGAGGCAAGCAAGAUCAUCUGUAGUUAUGGUAAGAUACUUUUAAAUUAUAUAAAUUUCUCAUUUUAUAAGGCUGAUGUAACAGAGCCGUGCAUUGUCAUGCAUGCCCAAAUGAGGGAGAACAUUAUAAGGAGUCAACCAUCAGAUAAACAAGCUGCCAUGGCCCAGUGGUUUGAAAAUUUGAUGGAAGGUAUUGAGAGGAACCUGUUAACUAAAAAUAGAGAUAAAUUUACUCAAAACUUGUCGAUGUUCAGACGGGAUGUGAACGAUUCACUCAAGGGCCCCAACGUGAACACGACGUCGGUAAAUGACAUGAUGACGUCAUAGUGCGGAUCGACGAAUGCGCGCGCAAUUGUAUAAAGUGAUACCGUGUACACAGUGAGAAAAAGCAAGUUGAUUGAGGACUUUUUUGCAUUUAAUUUUAUUGUUUUCUCUCUGUAAUUAUCGCUGGCGUUACUGAAUGGCUGAGGCGGUGUUUUUAUAAGGUGUGAUGUAGGAUCUUUUUUUGUUGUACAUUUUUUAUAUAUAAUAUAUUUACAUGUAACAAAUUAUAUCGAUUAAAUAUGAACAAAGUGAAAUAAGCUACUGGUAACGAUUUUUUUUCCGUUGGUAGAUGUUUAUGCUAAAACUUUAUAGAAAUCUAUUUUAUGGUUUGUUACAUGGAUACUGUUUUAGUAUUGGCUGGGCUUGAUGGAGAGGCCCAGCUUAAAUUAACUGAUCAAAACACAUAAAAAAGAAAUGAUGAUAUA